AUGGAUGAUACUGUGACCGACACUGCUCAGCCUCAGAUACACGAUCUGGUAGUCGACACUAUUGUAACAAAUCGUCACAAUAUGCUUUCGCCUGAAAGUACACCAAUCACCAAUCAGCACCGAGGCUGGAUAGUAGGACGGAGAGGAGACGUCGUAUCGAAUAUUUACCCCGAGCUUUUACAUGAAGCUCGUCGCAGUCACUGCUUGAUGCCACAUUUCCGGCAUAAAGCUCUUCCGCAUUUUGGAGACACAACUGAUCCCGCAUGCCCAGCUUGGGCUUACCCUUGCAGACGGACAUCCGCACCAGCAACGUCAAAUAAGCCUCAUGAGGAGCAGUGA